CCCAAACCAUUCAGAACCUUUUGAUAACACGAAUUCAAAGAUACGCAAGAAAGAAUGGAAAAUGGUAGUAGGAACGUGCUGAAGCCGAUGGACUCUGAGCAACUGAGGGAGUAUGGACAUCGAAUGGUUGAUUUCAUUGCUGAUUAUUACAAAACCAUCGAAACUUUCCCUGUCCUUAGCCAAGUUCAGCCUGGUUAUCUUCACAACCUUUUGCCUGAUUCAGCACCUGACCAACCUGAAACGGUGGAACAAGUUCUUGAUGAUGUUAAGACGAAGAUAUUGCCUGGAAUAACGCAUUGGCAAAGCCCCACCUUCUAUGCUUAUUACCCUUCUAACAGCAGCGUUGCAGGGUUCUUGGGUGAGAUGUUGAGUGCUGGUCUUGGAAUUGUUGGUUUUAGUUGGGUCACUUCUCCAGCUGCCACUGAGCUCGAAAUGAUUGUUCUUGAUUGGCUUGCAAAACUGCUCAACCUGCCCGAGCAGUUUCUCUCCAAAGGAAAUGGAGGUGGAGUGAUCCAAGGGUCAGCCAGUGAAGCUAUUCUUGUUGUUAUGAUUGGUGCUCGCGAGAAGGUCUUAAGACGCGUUGGUAAGAACGCGCUUGGGAAGCUCGUUGUGUACUCCUCUGACCAGACACAUUCAGCCCUACAGAAAGCUUGCCAGAUAGCUGGAAUCCAUCCAGAGAAUUGCAGGGUGCUGAAGGCAGAUUCCUCUACAAAUUACGCUUUGCGUCCAGAAUUGCUUCAAGAAGCAGUUUCUAAGGAUAUUGAAGCUGGACUGAUUCCGUUCUUCUUAUGUGGCAAUGUUGGGACCACUUCUUCAACAGCAGUUGAUCCAUUAGCUGCACUGGGAAAGAUCGCAAAGAGCAAUGAGAUUUGGUUUCACGUGGACGCAGCGUACGCUGGAAGUGCGUGUAUAUGUCCAGAGUAUAGACAGUACAUUGACGGAGUAGAAACUGCAGACUCUUUUAACAUGAAUGCUCACAAAUGGUUCCUCACUAAUUUUGAUUGUUCCCUACUUUGGGUCAAGGAUCAGUAUGUGCUCACUGAAGCUCUGUCAACAAAUCCAGAAUUUCUCAAAAACAAGGCCUCUCAGGCAAACUUAGUUGUUGAUUACAAAGAUUGGCAGAUCCCUCUCGGACGAAGAUUCAGAUCAUUGAAACUAUGGAUGGUUUUAAGGCUCUAUGGAGCUGAGACCCUGAAGAGCUAUAUAAGAAACCAUAUCAAACUGGCUAAAGAUCUCGAACAACUUGUCUCUCAAGAUCCUAACUUUGAGGUUGUGACUCCUCGGAUAUUUUCACUCGUCUGUUUCCGUAUCUUACCUGUGGAUAACGAUGAAAAGGAGUGUAAUAACAGAAACAGAAACCUCCUAGACGCAGUGAACUCUUCUGGGAAACUGUUCCUUUCUCACACUGCUUUGUCGGGAAAAAUAGUACUACGUUGCGCCAUAGGAGCGCCACUGACGGAGGAGAGGCACGUGAAGGAGACAUGGAAGGUUAUCCAGGAAGAAGCUUCACGCUUGCUUGGCAAGUAAAUAAGAAGAAAAACACUUUUAUGAUAAAACCUCAUGUUUUUGCCAACAAACCUCACUCAUGGUUUGGUUUGGUUUAAUUUGAUUUGAUAAUAUACGAAAUAAAAUAAACAUACCGAUGCUGGACAGCCUGGAGUUGUGAACUUCGGUAAAGGUACUCUUGUGUGAUUGUGUGCUUUUCUUUUACCAAUUGUGUGUAUUUUAUCUCCUUUUCCAAUUGUGUGUAUGUGUUUUGGUUUUAACGUAUUGUUGUGGUUAACUAUGUGUAACCAAUGACAAGCA